AUGAAAGAAGAAUGUAAAAAUUAGCGAUUUGUUUGUGAAGAAUGUAUUUAUUAGGAUCAUUAAGGUCAUAGAUAAAUGAUUUCUAAUUUUUUUGAUUUAGCAUAAUUUAUUUCAAACAAAUUUGGGGAUACUAAUUUGGAUAUUAAAAGUGUUUUUGAUUAAAGCUGCCAAUAAGAAUUUAAAUUUUUAAAAUAAUAAAUAUUUGAUGAACUUUAAAACCUGGAAGAUUAAUUUAAUCAAGUCUAGGAAUAAAUAAAAAAUUUAUUAGAUGCUCAUUAAAUAAUUACAAAAAUAAAAGUUGGCCAUAUUCUUGAAUUAAGUUUGGAGGAAUUAAAUACCCUUUGUGAAAUAUUAUAGAACCCAAAAAUAAUAAAUUAAUAAACUUUAAAUACUAAUUUAAGUUUCCUAAAAAAUUCAUCAAGUUUUCUUACAACAAAAUUGAAAGAAACUUAAAAAUUGAUAAAUUCCUCUUAUGCUACAAUAGAAAAUAUAGAUUUUAUUAGCUUUCUGUAUUGUAAUGUAAAAUCAGAGAUAAGAGCUCAAUAUUAUGCUACUAAUUUUUUAAACUAUAAUUUGAUUCCUCUAGAAUAUUAAAAUAUAAAAGGAACAGGUAUAAGAGAAAUCUAAAAUAGAGAUGAAAUAUAUUAUGGGCAGGUAAACGAAAAAUAAUUGAAACAUGGAAAAGGUAUAUAAUAGAGAAUUUAGUUAGGUAUGUAAAUUAUAAAGAAUGGUGAGAUUAUUUAUGAAGGUAUUUGGAAUUAGGAUUAUUUAUUAUGGGGUUAAAAGACAAUAUUUAAUGAUAAUUAAGAAAGUUAUAUUCAUUAAGGAGAACAAAUUUAUAAAAAACCUAACGUAUAAAACUUAACAAAGAGUUCUUGUGAACACUAGUAUAUAAUUAUAUAUAUAAAUAUAUAGAAAGGCAAAUUUUACAGAGAUAUAAGGUCCAGGAAUUCAAAACUAAAAUGUAAAAGAUUUGUAUAAUAUUUCAUUUCAUUAUUUAGUUAUUUAGGAGAAUUUUAAGAUAAUAAGAAACAUGGAAAAGGAGUAUUAAAAACAUCAAGAGGAGAAGAGUAAAUAAUGUUUUCUAUUUAGAUAUAAAGGAUAAUUUUAAAAUGAUAAAAAAUAAGGAAUAGGAACCUAUUAUUUUGCUAAUGGUGAUAUGUAAGCUUAUGAUUUAUAAAAUAAAUUUUAGUUAUAAAGGAAAUUUUAAAGAUGAUUAACUUCAUGGAAAAGGAGAAUUAAUUUAUUAAAAUAAUGGAGAAAGGUAAAUAACAUAUAAAAAGUUAGUUACACGGGAUUUUUUUAAAAUAAUAAAAAAGAAGGAGAAUUUGAAAUAAAAUUUUCAAAUGGAUAAAAGUAUUUAUUAUAUUUAAGAAUAAAGAGAAAAAAUAUAUUUUAAAAAUGAUCAAUAAGUUGGAAAUGUUAAAUCUAUGAUUAAAAAGGCAAUUAAAGGAAGUAUUUUUCAAGAUAAAAAAGCUUGA